UAUAAUACAUCCACCACUGCUUAGUGACGAGCAAUAUCGGGCAACUGUUUUUGUAAUAAGAGAACAUAAUACUACAGAGAAUUCUUCAGCUUAUCAAGAAUUGUACUUCAGAACGCCAUCCACAGCUCCUCCUACAAUAGCAAAUCUGGAAGUUAUUGAGAUUGAUACCAAUCAAGAUAUAUUACACUUGCGAUGGUUAAUUCCACUCACAUCUUCAAAAACACACUUUCACUAUUAUAACGUUGUCACUUAUUGCAAUCAUGUCAAGUCUAUUAAAGUGACAAUUAAUAAAUUCUGCAAUUUGUGGGAUGAUUAUGUUUGCGUGAAUCUUUACAAAAGAUGUUUCAACAUUCAGAUUUUUGAGAUACAUAAAAAUGGCACAGCUUUAAGCCAACCGUCUAGUGUUUCUCAAGAAAUGUUUGCUACUACCAAGCCAGAGAAACCUGCAUCUGUUAGUUACACAUUACACGAUAACAGUAUAAUCACUUUACUAUGGUAUCAUCCUUGGAAGACAAAUCGUCAACUAAAAUGUUUUCUCAUCGACAUAGAAGAAAAUACUUCAUAUCUGAAACAGCGCAUUUCUCAAUCAACUGCAAAAAAGAAAUAUGAAUAUUCAGUAGAAGAAUAUAUGCGUAAUUAUACCAAGCUGUUACAUUUAUACCCAUCAACAUUGUAUCGUAUCUAUAUUCGAUCUAUGACUAUCACAAACGAGACCAGUUUGUACAAUUAUGUAAAUGUACAGACACCGUCAACCGCAACGUUUGAUGGCGAUUUACACGACGUACCGGAUGAAUUUAAUUCUACUAUCUCGUUACAAGUGCCGCAUAUUCUUAAUGAUACGUAUGAUAGUUGUAUACACAUCAUUGUGAAAGGACCUACUCGGUGUAAGAAUUCAAAAAUACCUGACAAUUUACUAAACCUGGCGAAUGUGAAAAAGAAUGAUGUCGCUUGGCAAGCUGCUGAAGUCUCG